AAUAUGUACAUUUAUCUAAUAAAGCAUUGUAGUCCACAACUUUGUCAUGUUUCUACAGCACAAAUCCACCUCUAUCAUUGCAUUAUUUCUUAUUUCAGUUUUCCAGCCAUGUUAUGCAUUCGAACGACAGGACCGGCUCCUCCUAAACGAUCCACAGGCUCUCCAGUCCCAGAUACAGCAUCUGGUUCAAGAAAUGAAUACAUUGAAAAGCCAGACCAAUGCUGAAAUAAACUCUCUGAAGUCUCAAUUGGCAAGUCAGAAGCAGGAAUUGCACUCUUUGAAAGGGUCAACUUUUACAAUUUGGGGAAAGAACAACUGUCCAAACGUGAGUGAAACACAGAUGGUAUAUAAUGGGUUUACUGCCGGAAGUGAUUAUGGAAACAGUGGGAACGGCGCUAACACACUCUGUAUGCCUCAUGAUCCAGAAAGCCUACCGUAUGGUGUUUCUGUGCCAGUAGAUGACGACUAUGCCUAUCUUUAUGGUGGCGAGUAUCAAUUAAACGUAGGCCAUGUUCGAAUACAAGAGGACGUCCCAUGCACUGUCUGCCAAGUCAAACUUUCUUCCACCAUCAUGAUCCCUGGGAAAAGGUCGUGUCCGGUGCAUUGGCGAAAACAGUAUUCAGGUAUUCUGACAGCAGAUAGGUAUAAAUAUCAUGUCUCGGAAUACUUGUGCCUAGAUGACAACCCAGAUGCCAUAGAAGGUUCUGAAAAUGAUGAUAAUGGAAGGUUAUUUUACCCCGUAAGAACCAUAUGUGGAUCUCUGCCGUGUCCGCCAUACAGACAGCAUAAUCUUGUGUCAUGUGUUGUUUGUUCCAUAUAGAUAACAUAUAAAUGCUGACUCUUAA